AUGACGUCAGUCCAGAAGGAGGCUUCGAACGGCAUGUACACUUUCUCCAGCCGUCCCAGGCCCAUUCAAACCCGCCCCAAAUACAGGGACCCGUCCGCGGUGCAGAAUGGUGGGCCCGUUUACUAUGGAAACAUCAUGUACGAUCGUCGUGUGGUCAGAGGAAACACUUAUGCCCAACAGAUCAUACCAAUUCCAGACCCUGCUGAGGUACUCAGACGACAGGAGGCUAAAAGAAGAGCCACUGCUCGUAAACAGGCCAGAGAGCAGUUCAGACCUAGGACUCCAGAGGCCAUCGAAGGCAGGAACCACAUAGAUGUACAAACAGAUCUCUACCUUGAGGAACUGAGCGACCACAUAGAGUCCAUUAAUGUUGAGUGCCAGACUGAUGCUUUUCUGGACAAACCAGCGACCCCGCUCUUCAUUCCUGCCAAAACUGGCAAAGAUGUUGCCACACAGAUAGAGGAGGGAGAGCUGUUUGAUUUUGACAGGGAGGUGCAGCCGGUGUUGGAGGUGUUGGUGGGAAAGACAGUGGAGCAGUCGCUUCUUGAGGUGAUGGAGGAAGAGGAGUUGGCCUGCUUGCAGGCUCAACAGAGGGCUUUUGAUGAACUUCGGAAUGCUGAGCUGGUGGAGGUGCAGCGGCUAGAGGAGCAGGAGAGACGCCGCCGUGAGGAGAAAGAGCAUAGAAUUGCCCAGCAGAGGGAGGUGUUGAAGAAAGAGUUGGAGACUGUGGAGAAGAUUGCAGCCAGGGCAUUCGCCCAGCACUACUUGGCUGACCUCCUGCCAGCAGUCUUUACCACUCUGAGAGAUCAUGGCUACUUCUAUGACCCCGUUGAGAAGGAUAUCGAGACUAAUUUCUUCCCAUGGCUGAUGGCUGAAGUUAACACUAACCUGGAGAAGAAAAAUAUUGCAAGAGAGAUGCUAGACAUGAUUAUCUGUGACGCCACUCAGAAGAGACUGGAAGCCUACAAACAGCUGGAGUCACAGCCAUCCAAAUGAGGGGGUGUGCUGCUCUGAAGUAAAAAAACAAAACCUAAUGCUGACUUUGGUUCAGAGAGUGGUGAACUAUUAAGAAAAAUACAUUUGUUUUGCACUGAACAAUCCUGAAGCUGUUUAUUUGAUGAAAUAGGGCCAUCACAUGUACUCAUGUACAGUUGACAGGAGCCUAAAUAGGAACCGUGAUUCCUUAAUCCU